AUGUCAGAUAGGAAGGAGGACUUUACCUCGAUAAAUUAUACUGGAUUCGGAGGAGAUGAAUACAAUUUGCAGACCGGAAUAGUGGAAGCCUCCGACUCGACCUACAACACAUUCCUUGAUGAUAAUAAUCCAAAAGUGCUGACAACAAUGAGAAACAUGUUUUCUGAGCGAAAAUCCGACGAUUACGAGUUGGUCUAUCAUAAUUUCUCAGAAAACCAUCCGAUUCCGACAAGAAAUACUCAAAAUCUGAAUCAAUACUAUCCGGAAUCUCAUUUGAAUCAACAAAUUGCUCAAAAUCAACACGUUUAUCGUAUCAUUCAUCAUAAUCCACAUCCGAUUCGUCAAAUUCAACAUUUCGUCCCGAAUCCUCAACCGGGACCGCCAGAAGUUAAAGAAGAAGACGAUUAUGAGGAGGAGGAUCAUGAUGAAGACGAUUUUAUGGAAGAUAAUCGAAUUGUUCAUCAUUGUCCAGAAUGCAGUAAGAAAUAUACAUCGGAACGUCGUCUCAAACAUCAUAUCGAAGUACACAAGAAUGCGAAUGCUUAUAAAUGUCCAAAAUGUGGAUAUUGUUAUCAGAGUCCCGACAGUUUACGAAGACAUUGGAAGAAAACUCCAAACUGCGACGAGACGCUCCCCAAAUCAAUGAAAGCGGAAAGUAUGGAGCCAACACCUCAAGAAUGA